AUGAAAACCCCAGACAGCUUAUGGAAGGAUCUCACUGAAAGCGAACGCAACGCUGGUUGCUCCAGACAGAAAGGCAGUGAUUCGACCAGGAUAAAGGAGGAUAUUCCUAUAGAUAUAUGCACCGAGAUUGAAAACGGAAAGAAGCUAGGACAGCCAGUUAUAGCCAACCGGGAGAAGAAUAUACUAUCAGUCUCAGCAGAUAAGGCAAGGUUCGUGGUCGAUGCGGAGACCAACGAUGCCAACGAUGCCAACGAUGUGGAAGGAGAAAGCAAAGAGUGUGAAUGCUGCCUCUUGCGCUGCGGGGAGGCCGUAGCGAGAGAAGACUGGGACCGCGAGGCGCGACUGGAUGACGUUCUAUAG